UAAACGUCAAAAUCGGCAUUUGUGAAACAGCAGAAAUUGAAUGAUCAUCAUUCCGCCGUUGUUUCUCUUCUAAAUAAUAAAAAUAGUGCAUAAAACUGUUGUAUCGAGAGAUAAUUUGCCAAAAUGACUACCGACAUUGCUCGUAAUUUGGAAGCACCCGGAUUCAGCUUCGAAAAUUGUCGCAGAAAUGCUCAACUGGUGAAGCAGGGCUUCGUUCCACCGAAGAUGAUCAAAACUGGCACGACCAUUGUUGGAAUCAUCUACAAGGAUGGUGUGAUUCUGGGGGCUGAUACACGAGCCACCGAAGGACCCAUAGUGGCGGAUAAGAAUUGCGAGAAAAUCCACUUUUUGGCGAAGAAUAUGUACUGCUGCGGAGCGGGAACGGCUGCAGACACGGAGAUGACCACUCAGAUGAUUGCUUCCAAUCUGGAGUUGCAUCGAUUGAACACGGGAAGAACGGUUCCCGUCGUGGCCGCGAAUACUCUGUUGAAACAAUUUUUGUUCCGCUACCAGGGAUAUAUUAGCGCAGCACUGGUGCUGGGCGGUGUGGACAACACUGGUUCUUAUAUCUACUGUAUUUACCCGCACGGGUCGACGGAUAAGUUGCCGUACGCCACGAUGGGAUCAGGAAGUCUUGCCGCAAUGUCUGUGUUUGAAUCGCGUUGGAAGCCGGACAUGGAAGAGGAGGAGGGUAAAAAGUUGGUCCGAGAUGCGAUUGCCGCCGGUGUAUUCAACGAUUUGGGUUCUGGUUCGAAUAUUGAUCUCUGUGUGAUCCGUAAGGAUGGUGCGCAGUAUUUGAGAACGUUCGAGGAGGCGAAUAAAAAGGGAACCCGUACCCUGAACUACGAUUAUAAAGCGGGAACGACCGCUGUGCUGCAGAGUAAAUCUUUUAAAAUCGAUGUCACCGAGGAAUGUGUGCGCUCCUUGAUCCCUGAAGCUGGAGUCGAGAGUAUGGAUACAGCUUAAUAGGGAGGAUGUAUUUUGUUUCUCUAUAUUACUAUAUCAAUAAAUAACUAUACGUACGAGGAUGA